UAUAUGUAUAUAUCUGAGCAGUUUUCAUUAACUUUUACGACAAUACUCCCACAUGAGUCAAACAUUAAAUGAAUAAAAUUUUCUGGAUGACAUAGUGAUGUUUUACAUUUAGAAACGAAAAAAAUAAAUAAAUAUAUAUACAUAUAUAGUUUCAAAUAAAUGAAUUAACUUUCUUAGUGAAAACGGGAUAAAACAUUCUCAAAUAGAUUUGAAAAAUAUACUAAAUUUCCUAUUUUCUACAAAAACAAUUUAUUCCAAUGAAUACAUCUUUUGUAAAUCAUAGUCAUAGUAAUCAUAACUUUAAUACAAAUAUCACAUCAGUUGGCGGUAUGACUCCUACAGUGAAUUCUUCAACACCUGGCAGUGAAUUUCAUACCCCGCCUGCUGAGUUCCCUACAAAUCCCAUAACAAAAUAUUUCAGUAUUGAAAAACAAGUUGCCAGUUGUGGACCUGAAUUAAUCUGGAAAGUGUAUGAUGCUGUAAGACGUCAGGAUAAAAAACCGUGUUCAGUGUUUAUCUUUGAAAAGUCAAUUGCUGAUAAACUGCACAAGCCUAGAAGAAGGGAUAUAGUGACAAGCGUGCUGAAAAGAGAUGUUCGAUUGCUUAGCCAAUUACAUCAUCCCAAUUUGCUGCAUAUUAUACAUCCUAUUGAAGAAACAAGUGAAACAUUGGCAUUUGCAAGUGAACGUGUAUAUGCAAGCCUGGCUAAUAUCCUGGGCAAUUAUACCAGAUUACAAUCGGCAACAAUUCAAAACCUUAAAACAUUUAGAUUCACUGACAUGGAUCGAAAACUUGGGAUUUAUCAGCUAACACAAAUAUUACGAUUUCUGCACACUGGUCAAUCAUUAUUUCACAAUAAUGUGUCCCCUUGUUCCAUCCUGAUUACACAUCGAAAUCAAUGGCGUUUAGGAUCUGCUGCAUUCCUUGAAUCAACUCGACUUGAAACUGCUGAUAAGUGUCAGUAUGAACUAGGUCCUUCACCAUGGACAAGAAAAUGGCCAAAAAUGGCACGACCUGACUGCCAUUUCUCUGCACCAGAAUGUUUCACUCUAACCACAAGCAUGUUAAAUCCAUUCUCUGGUCUACGGAAUAAAACAUCCACAGAUUUAUUGCAUCAUUCAGUGAAUAAGAACAGCAUCAACAACAACAGCAUCAGCAACAGUCCAGAUCAUUUAGCUACAUCGAAGUCGAUGAAAUCCCAUCCAGCAACUACACCACAUCAAAAUGAUGAUUUUCCUGGACCAUGGUCAGAUAUGUUUUCAUUGGGUUUGAUUAUUUGUUCACUGUAUAAUAUUGGUAGUCCAGCUGAAGGUUCAGUGCAAUGGUCACAGAAUAUAAAGAAGCUGGGCGUUGAAAAUGAUGCCUAUCCAAGUGUUGACGCGAUACUCAAUUGUAAAGAGAAUAUUGCUCAAGAAAACAGUGCAGAAUUUAUUCAUGCAAUACAACUAAGUCAAAGCUCAGAUAUUCCUGAAGCAUUCAGAUCUUCUGUGUGUCGUAUGCCACUUGAAUUAGUUGAACCUGUAGAAAAAUUACUCUCAAGAAAUACACAGAAAAGGCCUAGUUCUCAAUUAUUUGCACUGCUGAAAUUUUUCAAUGAUCCAACAAUGCUGUUACUCGAUGGAAUGACUAAUUUUGACGUGAAAUCUGAUGAUGAUAGAACACGUGCUUUACAGAUUCUACAAAAUAAUGCGGAAAAUCUUUCCAAGCCUAUAUUAUACGGUCGAAUAUUUCCUAUGCUUGUUGAUUUACACUGGCAAUUGGAAAGGCGUCAGUGUAUUAAACAGGGCAAUAAUGAGACAGCAUUGCAUAAAUCUACAACAGGACAACAACCAACUGGUCGAUCGUCUCCCAGUGAUGAAGCAUGUCAUAUGUUCGAUUCACUUAUCAUUGCUGGAUUGGCACAUCUUGUCGAGAUAUGUUCAUCAGGUGAUUAUACAGAUUUUAUAGAGAAAGAUUUAAUAAGUAUUUUUCAAAAAGCUUCAAACUUAAAGACAAAAAUAUGCUUAGUACGCUACACAAGAUCAUUUUUAAGACAAGUUCCUGAUAGUAUAAUUGAACAGUAUAUUUUACCGUUGGUUAAACAAUGUCUGGUGUCAAAUAAUGUUCUUGCUCAAAUAAUUGCAUUCAAUAAUUUAGAAUUAUUAAUUGGAUAUAUUUCACUGUCAGAUUUAGAAAUUAUUGUAUUACAGAAAAUUAAACAAGCUUUUCAACAACAUAAUCAAAAAUUACAAUUAGCUGCAUUACACUGUCUAGUUUCAGUGAUAACGCAUCUAUCCGAUCAAAUUAUCACCAAUGAUGUAAUACCAUUUUUGUUAAAUGUUUCAACUAAACUGCAAACAACUGGUCAACCGAAGCUAAACGGGGAUCAUCGUUCUCGUGAGGACGUUAAAAACGGGGAACAUGGAUUGUCAGAAUAUGAUGAUGGUGAUGAUGAUGACAAUGACAAUGAUAUUCAACUGAUGAGUUCUGGUGUUAAGAAGCGCAGUCAUCUUUCAUACAAUGGCAGACAAGAACAACAACAACAAGGAGAUGAGGGUGAAGAACAACCAAUCGCUGAAUUAUGCAAUGCUUGGAAGAAGCUUUUGUAUACAAAAUCCCAUCUGCUAGAACCACAGUUGAUUGCCAAAGACAUCUUUCCCGGUCUUUUACCACAUGUGGUAGAUAAACAGGUCAAUAUAACUGGAUUUCGUAUUCUGAUGUCCACACUGUACGCUCUCUUGGAUCUAUUGGACAUACCGAAUAACGAAUCUGAAGAUCAAACUGACUCGACAACUCAAUAUCGAACUGUACCCGCCGUGACUGUAAAUGCACCGGCUAUAAACAGUGGACAAAGUUCAAAGCGUUCAUCACAAUGUGAACCAAUGGAAAAACCGAAAAUGGGCCCAAGAAAGUCUAUUGCACGAGCUGCUGUCUCAUUUGUACCUAUGCUACAUCCAAAUCAGCUGAAAGAAUUAGAGAAUAGUCCAAAUAUAACAAGACGUGCAAGUGCACAUGUUAUCUGUCCUCUGCCCCCACAAAAUAACGAUCUACGCUUUGAUAAACCACCAGUGAACGAUCAUCAUCACCAUCUUCCAGAUAAAGACAAUUCAGCAUCCCUAUCAUUCCUCGGUUUACAACUGCCAACAGUAUCAAAAUUACGUCGGCAUAGUUGUGAUGCUCAACAAAAGGAAAAAAUGACUGCCUCUUCAAAUAUGCUAUGUGAGACACCAAAAGACACUCUGUCUAGACGGAGUAGUGAUCAUUCUUUACAAGAUAAAGAUAUGACUAACUGGUAUACCAGUCAAAAAUCACGUGGUCUACUGAAUUCAGAUGAGAAAAGUCUGCUCACUGCUCAAGUCUGUGAAGGACCAUUUGUACGAACACCGAGUUUACAGCAAAAACCAAGCUGGAAUUUAGAACCAGUCAAUGAACCGGAUAAAAGUUCAAUGACAACUUCAAAUAACAAACUUGGAAGAGACUUGAACAUUAAACAUAAUGGAUCAAGACGAUCAAGUUUUACAGCUAUUGGUGAUACUGUGUUGGAUUUCCGUGCAUUUGCCAUACUCUGUAUGUCCGCUCGCAUAGCUCAAAACCACUCUACCUAUCAAUUUUUACAAUUAAAUAUUGAAUUAUCUAUCUUUUCCGAGUUUUUGAGUAAAUAA